ACUCUAGCAGUAAGACUGAAGCUUGGGCCACUAAGACACCUACAAAGAAGCCAGCAAAGAUGGAGGUUGAACAGAGCAGCAGUGAUGGGUUUGGAUCCGAUUCCAGUUUUUCUGAUGCUGUCAAGACGAAAAAACCUAAAAAAGGUUAACAUAAACUGAUUUUUUAAGUGUGACUGGGGAUUAAAACUGUUGAUGUAGAUUCUAC